AUGGCGCUGCUAGAUUGGGUUUUCGGGAAGAGCGUGACGCCUCAAGAGCGUCUGAAAAAAAAUCAAAGAGCUCUAGAGAGGACUCAGAGGGAGCUAGAGAGAGAAAGGAGAAAACUGGAGGCACAAGAGAAGAAACUCGUCCUCGACAUAAAAAAGUCUGCCAAAGAUGGGCAGGUAAGUGCUGCGAAAAUACAAGCGAAAGAUCUCGUGCGAACUAAGAAGCAUAUCACCAAGUUCAACAACAUGAAGACCCAACUUCAGGCUAUUGCGUUAAGAAUCCAAGCUGUUCGUAGUAGUGAUCAAAUGACAACGUCAAUGAGGGAAGCAACUGGUUUGCUGGCCACGAUGAACAGGUCUAUGAACUUGCCGCAGCUACAACGUAUCUCCGCUGAGUUCGAGAAACAAAGCGAUCUCAUGGAUCAAAGACAAGAUUUCAUGGAUGAAGCCAUAGAUGAUGCGAUGGGUGAUGAGUUAGAAGAAGACGAAGAGGCUGAUGAAAUCGUCAAUAAGGUGCUUGACGAAAUCGGGGUAGAUUUGAACGCAAAGCUUCAGAACACUCCCCAGGAAGAUUUAGAGUCUCGUGAGGCGAAUGCUACUGAAAGAAUUGCUGAACCAGUAACUAAUACUGGCGGCAGCGGAGCGCUUAGUGCCGAUGAUGAAUUACAAGCCAGAUUGAAUGGUCUAAAAAGAUAA